AUGGCAACAAAAAAACGAAAUAAAGCCUUUAUGGGUAUGGCUGCUCCGUUGGGUUAUGUUCCAGGUCUUGGUCGUGGUGCAACCGGUUUCACAACUCGAUCAGAUAUUGGUCCAGCACGAGAAACCGGUGACAUAAGUGAUGAACGCCAUGCACCACCAACUAAGCGUCGCGAUGACGAUGAUGACGAUGAUACAGAUUUAAAUGAUUCGAAUUUCGAUGAAGAAUUUGGAUAUGGUGGAAGUUUAUUUAAAAAUGGUCCAUACGAAAAAGAUGAUGAAGAAGCUGAUGAAAUUUACGAAUCCAUUGAUAAACGUAUGGAUGAAAAACGAAAAGAACGAAGAGAACGACGAUUCCAAGAAGAAAUUGAAAAAUAUCGUCAAGAACGACCAAAAAUUCAACAACAAUUUAGUGAUCUUAAACGUAAAUUAGCUGAUGUUACAGCCGAAGAAUGGAUGAGUAUGCCAGAAGUUGGUGAUGUUAGAAAUAAACGACAAAGAAAUCCAAGACAAGAAAAAUAUACACCUGUACCUGAUGCACUGAUUGCAAAAGGUGUUGCAGCUACUGAAAAAACAAAUGCUAUUGAUUUACAUGAUCAACAUUACGGUGGUUUUAUAACACCAGCCACUGGUAUGUCGACACCUUCAACUGAAAUUGAAAUGGUCAAAAUCGGUCAAGCACGUAAUACACUUAUGAAUAUGCGACUCACACAGGUUUCUGAUAGUGUUAGUGGUCAAACAGUUGUUGAUCCAAAAGGCUAUCUAACUGAUAUGGCAUCAAUGUUACCAUCAUAUGGUGGUGAUAUAAAUGAUGUAAAGAAAGCUCGACUGUUGCUUAAAAGUGUUCGAGAAACAAAUCCAUCUCAUCCACCAGCUUGGAUUGCAUCAGCACGUCUAGAAGAAGUUGUUGGUAAAGUUCAAGCGGCAAGAAAUUUAAUUAUGCGUGGUACAGAACAUUGUCAAAAAAGCGAAGAUGUUUGGUUAGAAGCAGCACGUUUGAUGCCAUUGGAUUUAGCACGCGGCAUUGUUACACAUGCGGUUAGACAUUUACCACAAUCAGUUAAAAUCUGGGUUAAAGCUGCUGAUUUAGAACAAGAACCAAAAGCGAAAAAACAAGUUUUACGACGAGCACUUGAACAUGUACCUAAUUCUGUUCGAUUAUGGAAAGCAGCAGUCGAAUUAGAAGACGAAGAGGAUGCUAGAAUUAUGCUUAGUAGAGCUGUCGAAUGUUGUCCAACAUCAGUUGAGUUAUGGUUGGCUUUAGCACGCCUUGAGACAUAUGAAAAUGCACGUCGUGUACUUAAUAAAGCUCGUGAACAUAUUCCGACUGAUCGACAAAUUUGGAUCAUGGCUGCAAAACUUGAAGAAGCCAAUGGAAACAAUACAAUGGUCGAUCGUCUUAUUGAAAGAGCCUUGGCUUCUUUACGUGCAAAUAUGGUUGAAAUUAAUCGUGAACAUUGGUUCAAAGAUGCUAUCGAUUGUGAAAAAGCUGGUUCUGUUCAUACGUGUCAAGUACUAAUCCGAAAUAUAAUUGGUAUUGAUAUUGAUGAAGAAGAUCAAUUAGAAACAUGGAUUGAAGAUGCACAAUCAUGUCAAACUGAAAAUGCAUAUGAAUGUGCACGGGCUAUUUAUACUCAUACGCGAAAGUUACAUCCAACGAAAAAACAAAUAUGGCUAGACGCAGCUGAUUUUGAAAGAAAACAUGGUACUCGUGAGCAACUUGAAGAACUUUUAUCGACAGCCGUUAUUAGUUGUCCAAAAGCUGAAGUUUUAUGGUUAAUGUUAGCUAAAAGUAAAUGGUUAGCUGGAAAUGUUCCAUUAGCUCGAGAAACACUAUCCGCUGGAUUUCAAGCAAAUCCGAAUUCUGAAGAAAUUUGGCUUGCAGCUGUUAAACUUGAAUCAGAAAAUAAUGAAUAUAAGAAGGCGCUAAGUCUUUUAAAAAAAGCUCGACUUCAUGCACCUACAGCCCGAGUUUAUAUGAAAUCUAUACGUUUACAUUGGUGUUUAAAUGAAAUUUCAGCAGCUAUAGAAUUAUUAGAAGAAGCACUAAAAACUUAUGGAAAUUUUCCAAAAUUAUGGAUGAUGAAAGGGCAAAUAUCAGCCCAACAAGGUGCAACUGGUUUUGACGCUGCUCGUGAAGCUUAUUUAGAAGGGAUUAAACGAUGUCCAACAAGUAUACCAUUAUGGCUUCUCUUAAUUGAAUUAGAAAUUAAUAAUGGACAAUUAAUUAAAGCUCGAGCUAAUUUAGAAAAAGCUCGUUUACGUAAUCCAGCAACACCAGAACUUUGGUUGGCUAGCGUACGAUUAGAAGUGAAUGCUGGAAAUGUACAACAAGCCAAAGUUAUGAUUGCACGAGGUAUGCAAGAAUGUCCAUCGGCUGGUAUACUUUGGGCUGAAGCAAUAUUUAUGGAAGCACGCCCUCAACGUAAAUCAAAAAGUGUUGAUGGUUUAAAAAAAUGUGAACAUGAUCCAUAUGUUCUGAUGGCUGUAUCAAAAUUGUUUUGGUCUGAACGUCGUAUUGAUAAAGCACGUGAAUGGUUUAAUCGCACAGUUAAACUUGAAACAGACAAUGGAGAUUGUUGGGCAGCAUUUUAUAAAUUCGAACUAAUGAAUGGAACAGAACAACAACAAGCCGAUAUUAAACAAAAAUGUAUUAGUUUCGAACCGAGACAUGGAGAAUUAUGGUGUCGCAUUGCAAAAGAUGUUAAAAAUUGGAAAUUAAAAACAGGAGAUAUACUAGAAUUAUGCGCAACACAAAUGCCUAUACCUAAUUAA